UGAUGUUUGUUUUGUAACAGAUGAUUCAAGAGAGCCGGUUUCUCAUAGAAAUGGCAGACACAGUCCAGGAAAAGAUUGUACAGUGUCAGAAAGCAGGGAUGGAGUUCCAUGAAGAACUUCAUAAUUUGGGGGCAAAAGAAGGCUUGAAGGGAAGAAAACUCAACAAAGCAACCGAGAGCUUUGCUUGGAACAUUACAGUAUUGAAGGGCCAAGGAGAUCUGUUGAAGAAUGCCAAGAAUGAAGCUUUAGAAAACAUGAAGCAGAUCCAGCUGGCAUGCUUGUCCUGUGGACUGAGUAAAGCCCCCAGCAGCAGUGCUGAGGCCAAGAGCAAGCGCAGCCUGGAAGCCAUAGAGGAGAAGGAAAGCAGUGAGGAGAAUGGGAAGCUGUGACUGGGCAUUAUUGACACGUUCACCCAUCUUAUCAAGGACUCUGGUUUCUCAUUCUUGUUUUCUUUCUUUAAAUGUUUUAGAAGUUCACAAAAUGAUGUCCUCUAUGGGGUAUUGGAUAUAGAUAUUUUCACAAUGUCAGUAGUUUAGUGUAGUUAAUUUAUCUAAAUUAAAGCCUUUAGUAUCAGUAUUUUAAAUUCUGAGACAAGUGUCAACACCCCUGUGUGGAUGCCUGUGGAAGAGGGUGUGUGUGUGUGUGUGUGUGUGUGUGUGUGUAUGUGUGGCAAAGAGAGAGAGAGAGAAAUUCUGUUACAAUGUAUUCCGUGUUGCAUUAUUCAUUUAGUGAAUUAUUCCUUGAUCAUUUUGGGACAAUUGUGUUCAUCUGAAAUUCUGAAGAGCACUUACUGUAACCUGUCGCUGUGUUUAAUUUUACUUCUCUGCCUUUGACAUUUAAUUUAGUGAUCAUAGCAUAGCUUAUUAUUGAAGGAAGCCAAAUUUAUCAAAGCAUAGAUGUUUUGGUAGAUUAAAUAUAGAUUAGAAAAAUUCCUAAGAAUCAGGUAGAAAUAAAAGUAUGUGAAAGAUUAAACAGAUGAUCAGAAUUUCUGGAAAGAUUAGCAAAGUCAUUUCUUCAAUUAGAAAACUUUAAAAAAUAUUUAUUAAAUAAAAUCAAAUUUUAGGAAGUUUUCUGUAGUCAUUUACUAAGCAUAUGAUUUCACUAGAAAAGCUGAUCAUAAGUGAAUUUAUACCUACCUGUGUGGUACUCUGAAACACACUGAAAGCUCUGUUGCAAUUAGGAUUUUGAUGUGACAAUAAUAUUGUUGUAUAAUUUCAAGAUUUGUAGGAAGGUCUCAUUCUUCCAAACGGAGAGUCUAGCACUCAUUUUCUGUAACAGAUAUGGCAGCUUAGAGGUCUUGGCUUUAUUUGGUUGUAAUUUAGGGUACUAAAUUUAAAUUUAAAGAUAUUGUUCAAAGAAUAUCAUGUCAUCACAUUGAGCUGAUAUAAAUUCUGUGGGUCAGAUAAUAUCUUUGUGAUAAUUGAAGAACUAACCAUUUACCAAACAUCUAUGAUAUAACCCUAACGCACACAGAAAAGCAUAUGUGCAAAAAGAAAUGACAAAUUAGGGUACAUUUAUAAUUGCAUCUAGAUAAUUUUUACCCUAAUGUCUUCAUAAAGUACUUGAGUAUAAUGUUUGUUACCUCCAACAGAACUAGAUGUUCUAUGGUUAUGAAAGAAUAUAUUUAUUUAAAACAUUGCUUUUAUUUUGAAAAGCUUCUUAAUUAAUUUGAUUAACAAAUAUGCUAAUUUGGGGAAACCUAGAGAAGAUAAUUGUCGAAAUUUUGCAAAUAUAAACAUCUCCUAUAGCUUCUGUGUUAUUUCUGACUUCUUAACACUAUUACGUUCAUGUUGCACAUUACUGAAAGAGUAAAGAUAUGAUAAAAACACUUAUUGUUUUCUUUUAUUGCAAAUUGAAAAAGCAAAGCUAAUGAAAAUGGGUUACUACAUCAAAAAUAUCUUAAAGAAUUUGCUAUUUCCAUGGACCAGAUAUGAUGAAAUUAUUCCCUGGGUUUAAAACUGGGCACUCGAGGAGGAGGUACCUGAAGUCAUUUGAAGGCAAGUUUCCAAUGAUACUACAAUGACCUGAAAAAAUUUCUUUACUCUCUAUUAUAUUUAACUUGCUGGUAGGAGGAAUAGUGGAAUGCAGUUGUUAAGCCCUUUGCAGUGAAAAAGAGGUUCUAAAGACAGAAACAAAACCCACCUUACAUCAGCUGAUUGGUUGAUUUUACUAGUGUACCUCUUCAUCUACUUGAAUUCCAUUUGGUAAAUCCAUGUCUUUACUGGAUAUACAGUUAGGCGGGAAGAGAAGAUAAAGGAUGGCAAAUGCUCAAAUGAUAUUUAUACAUUUAUUUACUCCAGAGUCAAAUCCAAUCCUUGGAAGUAGCUUCCCUAGUUUAUUUUAUUUGUCCUAGAGCUCUACUCACACUUAGGACCUACCCAACACUUCUCGAAAACAUAACAUGGAUUCUGCCUCAUCUGAUGCUACUGCUGGUAGUGGGUCAUCAGCCAUACUCUGCUUCAUUCCACUGGGUGUCCUUGCUAGAUGAGGAGUGAGAUGUGGAGCAAGGAGGAGCUUUGGAUUCUGGGAGUGGAGCAGUGGCAAGGGAAAAGUCUCCUAGCCUCCUGUGAUGUUGCUGUCUCCAGAUAGAAUAGCAAAAACAAACAAUGCUUUUGUGUGUGUAUUAUGCCUCCAUGACAUUGUUACAUUCUAUGAGGAGCGUCUGCCUCCUUUCUAGACUUGAACUGUGGUAGAAAAAGCCCCCUUCUCUCUUCUAUCUACUUAGAUUUGGUGAUGCUAGGAACGUAGUGUUUUAGGUAUUAAUUCUAUUUUUAUUUAUUCAUUUUUACAUCACCAAUGGGAUCUGAGGUGGUGAUGACAGGUAUUAUCACUGCAUUUUACAGGUGAGAAAGCCCAAGUCCACUGAGGUAUAAAUGGAAUAACUGAUUUUGAACUUGGGUCUGUCUGAUUUCAUGUGCGAGAUUAUAUACUUACUGAUUUUGAUUUUAAAUUUAUUCUCAACAUUUUAAACCAGACUAUUAACUCUUACCUUUAUAACUACAGAUACAAAGAGCUGUAUCAUUUAUUUUCUGAAUAUAAAAUAUCAAUGGUCAAUAUAAAAAUACAAAAAUAGAGAACUAUAUACAACAGAAAAGCAAAAUUACCCACUAUUAACAUUUUGAUUUAUAUCCGUUUAGACACUGUUUAGAGUUUAUACAUACAUGUAAAUAUGCUUUUAUUUUAACAAAAUUGAGAUAUUAUAUAAACUGUUUGUAGCAGGGUGUUUAAAAUUUUAACAAUAUGUUAUGGAUAUCUUCCUAUGUCAAUAAAUGUGUAUUUACAUUAGAGUUCCAAGCCUUUGAAC